AUGUGUUCGCAGCAGCAGCAAAUGCAGAACAGUGGUGGCGGCGGCGGCGGCGGCAGCGGCAGCAUGAACAUCCCAGUGAGCGAGGUUUUCUGGACUCUCGUUGAUAAAGCGGACAAAAAGUUCUCCAAAAUCAGAGACCUUCCUUUUUACCAGCGCAGCAGGACACGCUUUGAUGAGUGUGUCCUAUAUGAUGAUGAGUUCUUGGGCGAAUUGUUAGGGAGGAUUUCUGGUGCAUGCUAUCUUGGGAGUGGCGAGUAA